AUGAAAAAUGCCCACGGAGAAAAUUGGGAAGAGAAGCACCCAGAUUUAGAUGGACAAAUCAUCUAUGAAGCUGCAGGUAGAAUGCCACAUGACAGGCUGGGAAUUGCUAAUGAGUUAUUUAGCAAAGAAGAGAAGGUGAAGUUUAAGUCUAAAAGGGUGAUGGCCUCAGAACCGGUGCGGUCUGCUAGGGAGGACCGUCUAGAAAGAGAGAACAAACAUUUGAAGCGGGAGAACAAGCGUCUUCGUGGCAUUGAGCUUGUUGUGCAGUCUUUGGCUGAGAAAGGGGGAGUGGACUUUGAUGGCAUAAUGCAAUCAGCUGCAGCUGACUUGUCCACAUCAGACUCUGAAGGCGGAUUUCGAAGGGGGCCAGGUGAUGUCCGUCAACAUGGAAGUGAAAAGGGAAUGGGUAGCAGAACUGGAGGUAGUACAAGUCAUGGAAAUGAUGAUGAGGAUGACUACUAUGACAAUGAGGGAGAUGAUAACUAUGGCGAGGAUGAUCUGUAUGGUGAUGAGCAAUAUGAUAACUAUGGUGAUGAUGGAUAUAAUGACUAUGGUCAUGGCGAUGUUGAUUGCCAUAAAAGUGUACUGAUUUUCAAGUCAUGGCAAAAUGAAUUUAUGUUAGAUAUUUGA